UUUUCAAAUUUGUUGGAGUUGGAAUUAAUGUCGUUGCCAGGGAAGUAUGUUGUUGGAAUCGGAAUGCCGCGACCAUUUCAACAGUUUCAGAAGGCAGGGAGGAGCAAAUAACAGGUUGAUUAAUGGUGUUGUCAAUAGGUAAAGUUGAAAUUAGUCGAGGAAUUUGUACAGUUCCGAUUUGCCAGUCAUUCAUUAAGUUGUCCCAGGAUUUAAUUAAAUUUGCAGGUAGUUUCUCGUCCCAUGCGAGUUUUUCAGACCAUAAUUCAUGCAGGAAUAAUUUCAAAGGUAAAAUAACAGGACUAAUGUAGCCGCAGGGAUCAUAGUGGGAAGCAAUAAAAGAGAGAAUGGUUCUUUUGGAUAAUUCGGUAGGAGGGGUAUGGGUUUCCACAAAUAAGUAAUCGGUAUCGGUUUGCCAUCCAACACCAAGAAAUUUCUGUUUGGGACCAUUGAGUUUGUCGUCAAGGGGGAUAUGGUUAAUAGUUUCGGGAAUAUUGGAAAUAAAUUCACGUAAUUUCAUAUUGGCAGU